AAAUACAUUAUUGUAUGAGAGGCGCUGUAUUUUAAACUCAUUUAAUCAUGGGGUAGAAAUAAUGAAAUUGAGAAAAAAGGUGGACGUCGGAAACGACAUUCCACGAAAAGAAGGAACUUCGAGUAAAAAGGUUUCUAACAAAAGGAGAGCCAAGCCUAAUUCUAACAAAGAGAAGGAUUCAAAGAACUCAGAGGGUUCGGGACCUUCGCCCACAUCCUUAAACUGCUUCCUUGCAGGAUUGUUAUGGAUCCUGAAAAUUUUUCGACUGGCAAAAAAGAAUAAGGUUCCAGUCCAAGAAAAUGAAACUGGAUCUGAUUACCAUCCUUGUUUGGAGAGUGCAGUCACCAAGUCGAUGGGCGAAAACCAACAGCCCCAUCCGUCUGCAGGCACAGUUACAACUUUGAAUGAGACUGUUACUUCCGGCACUGUCUCACAGAUGCCAAAAGAAGCAUAUCAUGACGAAUAUAGUUCGUUAGAAAGUCUGCCGUGCGCUGAUUCACAAUCUUCUGAGGCCUGCGCCUCCGACGCCGAAUUAAAAGAACUUAUUGCCAAAAUGAAUUAUCGCCAAACAUCAUUUCACACUUGGGCAUCGUAUCCAAAUCUAUGCCAAGGAGUUAUGGAACUGCACAUCGCGAAAUCGUCAUAUUUCAAAGUAUCCGUCUCUUGUCCAAAUCUGAAAUAUGUAUUCGGUACAUUGGAUGGCAUAAUGAAAUCGCGUUUGCAUGUUUCUGCGUCGUGCUCAGAUCUGUUGAAUCAAAAGGUGGAAUCGGAAAUUUUGCAGUUGGCCAGACGAUCACUUUCUGCUUCAUGCCCGAGUUUGAUUCGCCAUGAGAAGGAAAGGAAAAUACCAUCACAGCUGCCAUCUUUGCCUGAUUUAUGCGGUUUCAGCAGUCAGAAGGACAAUGUUGAUACCCCAAUGCUCGCACUUAAUAAUAUCGACGCGAAUACACCUGCUUUCCAGUCUGUCACAAGAAUUGUAACGAGCCAGUUUGUCCUUGAUGGCGAAUUCGGGAAAACAACAUCGAAACACGUCUCCGGACUUAGAUCGAGUUCAUCUGUAAUGCUCGCCGCAAAAUCUUGUUUGAAGAUGUCAGUUUCAUUACCUAAUUUAUUUCACCAAAGUGAAGUACUGGUGAAAAUGGAAUCGAGUUUGUACAUUUCUGUAUCCUGCCCAGACUUGAGAAAGCAAUCUAAUGAAAUUGCAAUAUCAAAAUUAUCUGCUUCUCCCAUUUUUGCCUCUUUCAAACAAUCAGAUCAUUUAGACUUUGAAAUGUCAAUGCCAGCAAGACAUUCAUCUCCACGAAUGAUCGAUUUCAAAGAGGGAGAAUCCCAGAACAUGGAACAUUGCCUUACAGAACCGGAUCUUGAUGUAACAGGUGGACAACCGCGCGAAUCAAAGUCGCCAUUAUCGCAUGCUCUUGUUGAAAAAAUUGAUGAAAAUCGACUUGUCCCCGUAAAGGAAGACACAAACUUGCUCCUUGAUCAAGCAUCGAUUUUGUCUGAAUCAAGUCUGGUAAUUGAGAAAAAAGAAUUACAAGUCCGCGAAUUCGCAUUUCGUACUAGUGUGUCGUAUCCAAAUUUACUUCAAGCAGGAGUGCAAAUAAAUGGUGGGAAAUUAUUACAUCCGAGAUCUACACCCUCCAGCCCUGAUCUAUUUUACCUGAGUCCGAGUUCAAUUGAUAGGGAAUUCUCACAAUUGCAUAUUUCUGCUUGUUUGUUAGAUUUGAUCAAGCGAUUGAAAUUGCCACAACAUUUGAACCAGCCACCUGCUACAAGUUCGGUUUUAUCCGAUUCAGGCGAACAAACCCAAAAUCUUGAUUUAAUACACGCCGAAUCGAGGGAAACAAAAGAAGAUCCGAAUAUUGCUAUUCCGAAACUGGACUUGAGCAAAGUAUAUGAUGGAGAAGGAGAUAAAACAUCUUCUUCUCACGAUCCAGUUACUGGGCCAUGUACAGUCGUUACCCAUUUUCGGAACACAGAAUCUGUGAACAUACCAUCAUCUCUUCCAAAUUUAUCUCAGAUUCCUGAGAUAGCAAAGAACGAGGAAUUACAAAUAAAAUCUUCUCUUCCCUACUUGCUCCAUGCUGAAGAAAUCAGCAACAACAACCGACAUGUAAACGUAGUGCGUCAUGGCCACAGCUAG